AUGUCAUUUAUAUUGCAAAGCAUACCAAGUUUUCCCGAAUCACUCUUUGACAAUGAAAAUACUGUCGACCUAAAUAGUAUUCCAGAAAACAACCCAAAGAAUAUAACUAAUGAAAAUGUCGAUAAAAACCCAACAGAAGAGGCUGUUAGUGAACCUAAAAAAAAUGAAGUUCAAGAGCCUCAAAUGCCAAAGUUACAUCCUGUUCUCAAACGGACAUAUGACGUUGUUGGCUCCCGUACAAUGACUUUCAGCGACUAUUUCUUAAAUAAAGAUUUGCUAAAAGGUCUUACAAAAAUGGGUUUGGAGUACCCGACCCCUGUCCAAGAAGAAUCGUUGCAAUACACACUUUCUGGAGCAAAUUUAAUCGCGCGAGCCAAAAACGGAACUGGUAAAACUCUUGCUUUUAUUAUACCUAUUUUAGAAAAAAUCAGCACACGCAAGAAGCAUAUACAAGCCUUAAUAAUAGUACCCAUUAGAGAACUCGCCAUGCAAAUUUCUAACGUUGUUAAAACAGUGGGAGAAUUUAUGCAAGUAAACUGCAUGGUCUGCACUGGCGGUACUAAUCUAAAGGAAGAUUUCUUACGUCUCAAGCAGGACGUCCACAUCGUCGUUGGUACACUAGGACGAAUAGACGACUUGACUUUUAGAAAUUUACUACAGACCGAACGAAACAAGGUUUUCCACGAUUUCCGCUCUGGAGCUUCUCGUUGCCUUGUCUGCACUGACAUUUUCAUGCGUGGAAUCGACGUGCCAACAGUCAACGUCGUCGUCAACUUUGACUUGCCAAUGCAAAGUGACACUUACUUACAUAGAAUCGGCCGAUCAGCCCGUUUUGGAAACGUAGGUCUUGCUAUAAAUUUUGUUACUUAUGAUGACAAAGAUCGUUUUUUCCGUAUCGAAAAAGAAUUAGGAAUACAAAUUGAAUCUCUACCUCCAAAAAUUGAUGAAGCUCUAUAUUAUGGUUAUAAUUAA